UGUCAUUUGUCUUUUCAUGGUGUUUUUAUCUGAAAUUAAACAAUAUUUAUUGAGGUUUUAAAAUAAUUAGUAGAUACGGUGCCAGUGUUUUUGUUAUAUUAUUGUAACUUAUGAUUGGUAUUAAACUAAAAUAUUAGUUGUCAUAAUGUUUGGUGAAAAGGUUUUGGAACUUAUAAAAGAAGCAGAAAGAAAUCCUGAAACUAUUGAUCAAUUCAAUGAUGAAAAAAUACGACAGAUCUUGGAAGAAAUGCAGUCCCUAUUUCAAAUGAAUAUGAAUGAUGCAAAUGCCACGUCAGAGAACAAAUCUCUGUGGACAACAGUGCAAGUACGCCACUCAGCUUUAGAACGUAACAAACGCUGCCUGCUAGCAUAUUUGUAUAGUAGAAUGAACAAGAUCAAGACUCUGCGAUGGGAAUUCGGCUCUGUUUUGCCUCCAGAUGUAAGAGAAUUACUCUCUGAUGAUGAAUAUGACUGGUUCUCAAAAUACUCCACAAAUCUAGCAUCAUACAUGAGAUCUCUAGGAGAGGACAUUGGCUACAGCGGAAUCGACUUGACAGAAAACCUUAAACCCCCCAAGUCACUGUACAUUGAAGUGUUGUGUAUGGCUGAUUAUGGAAAGUUAGAGCUUGAAGAUGGUGAUGUGAUAACUUUGAAGAAAAAUAGUAGACAUUUUUUGCCUACAUCUGAGUGCCAAACAUUAAUAAGACAGGGAAUUUUAAAACAAAUAUUAUAAUUUUGAUAUUAUCUUCAAACUUAGAGUUUAUGAAUAAUUCAAUGGCUGCCCAUAUUUAAGUAAUAAACAUUUGCUGAAGUUUGUUAUUCA